GGGCUUAUAGUUUACACAGUAUUUGUUGUCAAAUGUCGUAAUUGAUUGCAAUGUAUUUGAGUUGUAUUUUGAUCGGCAUUUCAAUCACUUGAGAGUCAAAUCCAGACAUUUGUCCACAAAAUCAGUGAUAAUAUUAAAUGAGUGACCAAUUGGUCGACAAAAAUGAAAAAUGACUUUCGGUUAAAUCAAUUGUCCAGCAAAUGAAGUGUUUCUUUAGUUAAAUUUAUCCAAUUAUAUAACAAUCACUGACCAGUCGUUAAUUGGCCCGCAAUGGAUCCAAAUGCUUUCGGUUCAAUGACGCCGAUGUCCAACCACGCGGAUGGCUUCGAUCUCGAGGAACAGCAUUUGGCUCUAUUGGCCGGACAGUUGGUACAGCCGUCACCGAUGCAGCCGCAACAUCAUGAUGACUCUCACCAACCGGCCAGUGCAUCGACACCGGCAACUCCAUCGGGCAAACGUAUCGGUCCCAACACUCCCAGUGUCAUUCAGAGUACUCCACCAUCUGUUUCGGGUCCGGCCAGCCAUAUGCCGGCAUCAGUACUCUCCGGUAUUGGCCCAUCGGGUCCAAUGACUCCGAUGACACCUAUGACUCCAGUGACUCCUGUAUCGACAGAUCCGGGUAUUGUGCCUCAGUUGCAGAAUAUAGUGUCCACUGUGAACCUCGGCUGUCGGUUAGAUCUCAAAAAGAUUGCACUUCACGCCAGAAAUGCUGAAUACAAUCCAAAACGUUUUGCAGCCGUUAUUAUGCGUAUUCGUGAGCCCAGGACUACUGCACUUAUAUUUAGUUCGGGCAAAAUGGUCUGUACGGGUGCUAAAAGUGAAGAACAGUCACGACUGGCCGCAAGAAAAUACGCCCGAAUUGUCCAGAAGUUGGGUUUCGAUGCAAAAUUCUCUGACUUUAAGAUCCAAAAUAUGGUCGGCAGUUGUGACGUAAAGUUUCCGAUUCGUUUGGAAGGACUGGUAUUAACUCACAGCCAGUUCUCCAGCUAUGAACCGGAACUGUUUCCCGGUCUUAUUUACCGUAUGGUUAAGCCUCGUAUUGUACUAUUAAUAUUCGUGUCCGGGAAAGUUGUCCUCACGGGUGCAAAAGUAAGAACAGAAAUAUAUGAGGCGUUUGAUAAUAUCUAUCCAAUCCUUAAAGGAUUUCGUAAACAAUAAAUUAAUUGUUUUUUGCAUUUUUGAAUGUUUUCAUAC